AUGAAUGAGGAGCCCCCUACUUAUACAAGCUGCUGCCUCCCCCGUGACGCCUACAACGUAUCAUCCUUCCACCUAUUUUCUCAGACAGUCCUCGCCAUGUCUCUACAAUCGACGUUCUCGAACUUUAUCCACAUACGCGACUUUGUGGACAAUGUCAUAGACGACCCGACGCGGGGAAACGCCCCCAACUACGUGGAGAUCCAGGCUGACAUCAAUAUCUUUGAGGAGGAUGGCUUCUACAGCUCGGGCGCCAAAGUUGAACCCAUUCACGCUCUGAUUCACACGUAUCUCGCGCGAGAAGAAAGGGAACUCUACGUUCCCAACACCUUUUUCUUUGCCGACGGCCGUUUUUCUGCGUCUCUUUCUCCGGACGGCGUCCUAGAAAUCAACGCCCAGACCCUCAACCUAAAAGGUGCCUGCCACCCCAUUCCCAUUCUCGAUCCGUCUAACCCGCAUAAACAUCCAGUAAACGUGUCUGACUUCGACGAAUAUCGCCGACACUUGCCGGAGCAAUGGUGCCCGAUGGUGACCGUCAUCGGUUCCGUAUCCACAUGUAACAACGACGCUGUCGACGCUUGGGAGCCACGCCGUUUCGCCGUCGAGACGUCCGUCUACGAACCAUCAAAACCUGCACCGUACCAUGAUGCUACCCGCAAGCAGAAGAAGACUCAUUGGGAAGACUUCCUUGCCGACAACGCAAACAUCUGGAAAGCGGCCAAAUACCUGGACCAAGGACAAGGGGUGAAGUACGACAAGUUACCCCAAUUUACCCGUACAGACGGGACCCGCACCACCAGCCCGCAGGAACAGACCCGGGAACUGCUCGCAACCUUCUUUCCACCAUUGCCCCAAGACAUAGUGGAGGAGUGUUCCCCGCCACGGAGGAACCCAGUGGAGAUGCCCGACAUCACCAUGGAGGAGAUCGAGACGCAACUAUGUAAGAUGAAACCAUGGAAGGCACCCGGGGAAGACGGUCUGCCGGUCAUGGCACCCUCCCCAGAGGCGCUGAGCUGCGAUCAGUGUCCGCCACGAGAAGCGGGGCUACAGAGCAAGUAG